GACAGCUAUGGACCACUUUCCAACGAACUGGGGACGCCCGCGCCACGAUGGUUUCGACGCAUACGCAACGUACCCAAUCCACCAGCGACCCCAGAAUGGCCACAAGGAUGUAUUCGCGGAUGGCGUUCAGCGGACUCAACAGCCCAUAGUAACUGGCACCAGUGUGCUUGCUAUCAAAUACAAGGAUGGCAUUAUGAUGGCUGCCGACAACCUUGCAUCAUACGGUUCUCUUGCUCGGUUCAAGGAUGUCCAACGUCUACACUCCAUAGGCAACUACACCGUUCUUGGCGCCGGCGGAGACAUGUCCGACUUCCAAUACAUCCAAUCCAUCCUCGAUGAUCUCGUCAUCGAGGAGUUCACGGCUGGCGACGGCCAUGACCUCGGCCCAGCAGAGAUUCACGAAUACUUGGCUCAAGUUAUGUACGCGCGCCGCAGCAAGAUCAACCCGCUCUGGAACUCGUUGCUCGUUGGUGGGUUCAAGGAUGGCAAGAGGUUUCUGGCAUAUGUUGAUCUGCUUGGAACUACGUACUCGGCUUCAACCCUUGCAACUGGGUACGGCUCCUAUAUAGCGCAACCCUUACUUCGCAAGGCCGUGGAAGGCAAAGAAGAUGAUUUAACGGAGGAGGAGGCGCUCAAGAUCAUCGAAGACAGUAUGCGUGUCCUAUUCUACCGUGACGCCCGCAGCUUGAACAAGUACCAAGUUGCUACCAUCACUGCGAAAGGCGUAUCCAUUUCGGAAUCACGGAGUCUCGAUACUCAGUGGUCGUUCGCGGAAGGCAUUCGUGGUUACGGCGCACAGACCCAGUGAAUUUUGUGUUGUAUUAUAUGUUAUCGACGAUCUGCUUGAGUCGAGCGUCCAUCCCCGGUGAUGCCUCACGAAUUGUACGGCAUAAUUGCCCAAACCCUCGCGUCCAAGCUUGCUAUCGGUGAUCGACCACUCAGUAGAAACGAUCACCUAGCCGCUGUCCCACGUUCAAGACAGGAAACGACGCA